AUGUCCGAUAUCGUUGAAAAGACCACUAUCUUGCAAAAGUACUUGGAACUAGACCAAAGAGGUACCAUCAUUGCCGAAUAUGUUUGGAUUGAUGCUGAAGGUAACUUGAGAUCUAAGGGUAGAACCUUGUCCAAGAAGGUUACUUCCGUGGACUCCCUACCGGAAUGGAACUUUGACGGUUCUUCCACUGGCCAAGCCCCAGGUCACGACUCGGAUGUGUACUUGAAGCCUGUUGCCUUCUACCCAGACCCAUUCAGAAGAGGUGACAACAUUGUUGUUUUGGCUGAAUGUUGGAACAACGACGGUACUCCAAACAAGUUCAACCACAGACACGAAGCUGCAAAGUUGUUCGAAGCCCACAAGAAGGCUGAAAUGUGGUUCGGUUUGGAACAAGAAUACACCUUGUUCGACCAAUACGACAACGUGUACGGCUGGCCAAAGGGUGGUUUCCCAGCUCCACAAGGUCCAUACUACUGUGGUGUCGGUGCCGGUAAGGUGUUCGCUCGUGAUGUCAUCGAGGCCCACUACAGAGCUUGUUUGUACGCUGGUAUCAACAUCUCCGGUAUCAACGCUGAAGUCAUGCCAUCCCAAUGGGAAUUCCAAGUCGGUCCAUGUGAAGGUAUCGCCAUGGGUGACCAAUUGUGGAUCGCUAGAUACUUCUUGCACAGAGUGGCUGAAGAAUUCGGUGUCAAGGUUUCUCUACAUCCAAAGCCAUUGAAGGGUGACUGGAACGGUGCUGGUUGUCACACCAACGUCUCUACCAAGGAAAUGAGAGCUCCAGGUGGUAUGAAGUACAUCGAAGAUGCCAUUGAAAAGCUAUCUAAGAGACACAACGAACACAUCAAGCUAUAUGGUGCCGACAACGAACAAAGAUUGACUGGUAGACACGAAACCGCCUCCAUGAGUACCUUCUCAUCUGGUGUUGCCAACCGUGGUGCUUCCAUCAGAAUCCCAAGAUCCGUUAACAAGGAAGGUUACGGAUACUUCGAAGACAGAAGACCAGCUUCCAACAUUGACCCUUACUUGGUCACUGGUAUCAUGGUCGAAACUGUCUGUGGUGCUAUUGAAAACGCUGAUAUGACUAAGGAAUACGAAAGAGAAUCUUUGUAA